UCGGCGGGGCUGCGGGGAAACUCCUGAAGCGGCGGGGCUUGCAAAGGGACAAUGGCGGGCGCGGGGGGCGGCGGCGGCCGCGCUGGACUUUGCCCCCCGGGCGGUCUUGAGCAGCUGGAGCUGGGGCAGCUCGGACAGCCUGCUGGCUCGCCCUCGCCGCCGCUCUCCUCUUGCUCGAGGCAGGCCUGGAGCCGGGACAACCCGGUCUUUGAGCCCGAGGAGGAAGACCCGGCCAGGGUGGCGACGGCGGUGGCGGGACCGGUGCUGAGGAUGGACGUGGAGUGGGGCCGGGACGACGCGGCCUCGCCGACCUCCGGCGGGCCCAGCGCUCGAAGCGGAGACGCCGCGCAGGGCAGGCAGCGGCGGCGCAGGCGGCGGGGCGAGGAAGAGGAGGAGGACGGAGGGGAGCGGGGCCAUCCCUUCCCCGCGGGCGCAGGAGCGGGAGACGCCCUGCCCGCGCGCUUCGCUCCCGAAGAGGGCAAUGGCGAGGCCGCGGAGCCCCCGCCGCGCCGGAUCGCCUGGGCCAAAGGGCUGGCGAGCCGACUGCGAGGUCUGUGGGGUACUCGGCUCAUGGAAGAAACUACAACUCGAGAGAAAUACUUGAAAAGUGUUUUACGUGAGCUAAUAACAUAUUUGAUUUUUCUUGUGGUCCUAUCAAUCCUAUCCUACGGAAUGGUGAAUUCUAACAUUUACUACUACACAAGAGUAAUGUCUCAGCUCUUUCUCGAUACACCAGUAUCAAAGAUGGAGAAAACCAAUUUCAGAUCUUUGUCUACUAUGGAAGACUUCUGGAAGUUCACUGAGGGGCCGUUGUUGGAUGGACUGUACUGGGAGAUGUGGUACAAUAAUAAAACCGUAGCAGAAAACAGAAGUUUCAUCUACCACGAGAAUCUACUUUUAGGAGUGCCUCGUAUCCGGCAGCUGAAAGUGAGGAAUGCCUCAUGUUCAAUACCUGAAGAUUUAAAAGAUGAAAUAAAAGACUGUUACGAUGUUUAUUCAGUGGCUAAUGAGGACACUGCUCCAUUUGGGCUCCGGAAUGGGACAGCAUGGACAUAUAGCAGUGAAAAAGACUUGAAUGGGAGCAGCCACUGGGGGUUGAUCGCCACAUACAGUGGAGCUGGCUAUUACCAGGAGCUCUCAAAAAGCAAAGAAGACACCUCUGCCUUGAUUGCUGUCCUUAAGAACAACUUGUGGCUUGACAGAGGCACAAGGGCAGUAUUUAUCGACUUUUCUGUGUACAAUGCAAAUAUCAAUCUAUUCUUCAUUGUCAGGUUAUUGGUGGAAUUUCCACCCACCGGAGGCCUCCUGACAUCCUGGCAAUUCCAGCCAGUGAAGUUAAUCCACUACAUUUCCACUUUUGACUUUUUCUUGGCUGCUUGUGAACUUGUUUUUUGCCUCUUUAUUAUUUAUUAUGUGGUGGAAGAAAUCCUGGAAAUUCACAUUCACAGGUUGUUCUAUUUUAGGAGUCUUUGGAACUGUCUCGACAUUCUCAUUAUCACACUAUCAUUGGCAGCUAUUGGAUUGAAUAUCUAUCGAAUAUCUACUGUGAAUAAGCUAGUGAAGAAACUGCUGGAAGAUCAAAAUAGCUUCCCCAAUUUUGAACCUUUAGCAUACUGGCAAACCCAGUUCAAUAAUGUUGCAGCUGUUACCAUGUUUUUCGUCUGGAUAAAGCUUUUCAAAUUUAUCAGCUUCAACCGAACCAUGAACCAGUUGUCAACAACCAUGUCAAGAUGUGCCAAAGAUAUUCUUGGCUUUGCAAUUAUGUUUUUCAUCAUCUUCUUAGCCUAUGCUCAGCUAGCUUACCUUGUGUUUGGGACACAAGUUAAUGACUUCAGUACCUUCCAGGAUAGUGUCUUUACUCAGUUCCGCAUCCUGCUGGGAGAUUUUGACUUUACAGAGGUUGAAGAAGCUAACAGAAUUUUAGGACCAGUUUAUUUCACUUCAUUUGUGUUCUUUAUGCUCUUCAUUCUUUUGAACAUGUUUUUGGCCAUCAUCAACGACACAUAUUCAGAAGUCAAAACUGAUAUGAUACAGCAGAAGUCGGAAAUGGAACUUUCAGAUCUUAUUAAAAAGGGAUACACCAAAGCCAUGGUGAAAUUAAAAUUGAAAAAAACACCAGUCGAUGACAUUUCGGAGAGUCUGCGCCAAUGUGGAGGCAAAUUAAAUUUUGAUGAACUGCGGCAAAACCUAAAGGGAAAGGGACGUACUGAUGCUGAGAUUGAAGCCAUCUUUACAAAGUAUGACCAAGAUGGAGAUCAAGAAUUGACUGAGUUGGAGCAUCAGCAAAUGAGAGAUGAUUUAGAGAAAGAGAGGGAGGACUUAGAGCUAGACAGAAGUUCUCUAAACCGUCCACUCAGUGGCCGUAGCUUUCCACGAAGCCUUGAUGAUUCGGAAGAGGACGAUGACGACGACAGUGGACACAGCUCCAGAAGAAGAGGCAGCAGCUCAAGUGGCGUUUCAUAUGAAGAGUUUCAAGUCUUGGUCCGUCGAGUGGAUCGCAUGGAACAUUCCAUAGGCAGCAUUGUAUCUAAGAUUGAUGCUGUCAUAGUCAAGCUGGAAACUAUGGAGAGAGUUAAACUGAAGAGGAAAGAGGUGCUGGGCAGACUGCUCGAUGGAGUUGCAGAGGAUGAAAGGCUGGGUUGUGACAACGACGCGCGCAGAGAUCAGAUGGAGAGACUGGUACGAGAAGAAGUGGAACACUGGGAAUCGGAUGAUGCUGCAUCCCAAGUAAGCCAUCGAAUGGGAACCCCGGUGGGAUUCAACAGCCACGGACGGACCAGGAAUCCCCGCCCUUCUUCCUCACAGUCCACAGAAGGCAUUGAUGGAGGAGGAGGAGGAGGAGGCGGCAAUAGAGGGAGCAACAUCCAUGUCUAGUAGCAUUUGUAUUUGCUGAAACUAUUUUCCACAAAUCAUGAGUUAACUAAAGGACAAGAUGCCUUGGGACAGGGCUGUGAUUUUAUAGGGUAACAUGUAGGAAACUAUCAUGUUGUGAUCUGGUCUGGCUUUUAAAAACCAGAGCUUCUUGUUUAAAUGCCCUUGGUUUCCUUUCCAACUGCUUUCAUUAAAAAGGGGCACACUUCUCGACCUGCUAAGGAGAAAACAGGUAAGCUAGUAAAUUUAUUUUCCAGUUCUAGAACUUAAGGUGAGAGUGCUUUGCACAUUUACCUGGCAGUAAGACAUAUUGGAACCUGAGACGUACUUCCUAAAAAAAAUGUACAUCAAUUACACUAUAAGUAGCUGUUUCAUAUGGAGUAAUCAAGUCUAUAUGAUUUUCUCUUUCCUUUUUUAAUUGAAACAAGCAGUCUGUAAUACAUUCUCCACAAAAUAAUACAUACCAAAGUAAUAUCAGUGUUUGGCUGCAUGAAUAACUUAUCACCAUUUCAGUAUGAUAAGAUUUGUCUUUUAAUCUUUAGGAUUUAAGCUUACCGAAAAGGAAUUCCUAUUCUGUCAAAGCCUAUUUCACAUGGUUAUUGGGAGGAUAACCUACAUUAUUCUCAAAGCUCCCUUGAGAAAAAAUGUACGACACAAUUUAGCAACAUUAAUCAUCUCACAGAUGCACGAUUAUAGGAAAAAAUUUCCCAUAAUAGUAUAUUGUUCUGAACGGGCCACUUACAAUUGUCCUUGUAAAAUUAGGUUCUGGAAAAAGUGUUCUCGGGAGCAUAGUCUUCAUAAGCCCAUAAAAACAGGGACCUGAUUAAAUAUAUUCUGAAAGCAUUUAUGAAAAUAAUUUCAGUAAAAAAUAAGUAAAUAAAAGCACUAAGUUAAAUAAGCUGUUCUAAAAAAAACUGGACAGCAAAACAAACAGUAUUUAAUGGGGGAGCUUCUGCAAGAUUUAUAUUCUUUUAUUUCAUCACUUAUAAGUCAAAACUAGAGAGGUUGAUGGAUGGUGUAGAACAGUGGUUCUUAACCUUUUUGAACGAAUCGCCCCCUUGAGCCAAUAAGGAAGUUGUCAUCGCCCCCCUCCCCCAACAUAACCUCUCAAUCACAACAUAGGAAAUAAUUCUUCAAUUUAU